AUGACGAACUCGAACGGCAUCCAGAAGGCACCACGCGUGCAAGAUGGUAGCUCUGUAUGGGAAUCGCUAUCCAGAUGGCUUCCAUCUCGAGAUCACGACAGCAACUACUGGUGGAAUGUUACUGGACCCCACAUGGCAGCGAUGCUUGAAGAGGCUGGAUAUUCGAAAGAGAAGCAGUAUGAGAACCUGUUGAUCCACUACCACUGGACUGUACCUUACAUGGGUCAGGCACCCGGCGCAGACGGGACAGUACCGUGGAAGUGCCUGAUAACCCAACACGGACUCCCAUUGAUAUACUCGUGGAAGUGGAACGGGGCGAGCCCAACCAGCAGACCCGAUAUCCGGAUUGGAUUCGAGCCCAUUGGAGAGUCGAGUGGUACAGCAUUGGAUCCCAUCAACCAGCGACGCACAAGGGAGCUGCUGGACUCCUUCGCGCGCCGUAUUCCCAUGGACACGGCCUGGACAAACCAUUUCCUGUCCACUUUCUACGACCCUGAAACGAAGUACUGGCAGGCAAAGGAGGCUGGUGUCCCACUGGCUACCACCACGAUGCUUGGGUACGAUUACCUGCAUGACGGCAUGACGCUGAAGACAUACUUCUUCCCCAGGCUGGCUGGGCAGAGACUACUCCCAAUGGAUCGCUGGGAUGCUUCCCUUCGUCAUAUACUCUCCGAAGCCGACAGCAAGGUCGGGACCAAGGCUCUCGAUGCAGUCCUUGACUUCCUCAAGGCCAGCACCGAGGGCCAAGUCCUAGUCCCGACAGGCCUAGCCAUCGACAAUGGCACGAGCUCUCCGACGGGAUCCCAAUCGUCCAGAUUGAAAUUCUACUUCCGCUCUCCACACACGACAUUCGCUUCGGUGCGCGAAGUAAUGACCCUGGGCGGGCGCAUCACAGGGCUAGAAGCCCAACUACAGAGUCUCCAUCAACUCCUUGAAGAUGUUACUGGCCUCCCAUCUGAUUUCCCCGACGAUGCAGACGCACCCGUUCACCAUGGGUUUGGGACCGGAUCCUCGCCCCUGGGCCGCGCAGCUUACUAUCUGUACUACUUUGACAUUGCACCUGGUGCCGAAGUCCCAGAUAUCAAGUUCUACACCCCGCUCACGCACUACGGGCAGAAUGAUCUGAAAUCGGCCCAGGGCGUUACCAGUUGGAUGGAGGCGAAUGGCCGUGGGUCGUACUGUGCAAACUACCUCCGGGUGCUGGAGAAGGUGGCUGGCGAGAAGACGUUGGAGACGGGGAAUGGACUGCAGUCCUAUCUGAGCUGUCUGUUUAAGCAGAAUGGGGAGCUGGAUAUUACUAGUUAUUUCCUCACUGAGCGGUCUUAG